CUUUCAUUAUUGUUUUUUGCCCUGCUCUCGCAAUUCUCAUCGACGCGUCCGAGCCGAAUCCGCUUGCUCUCCUAAUUGUUCACCGUGGUUAGAUCACCAUGGUGCUCCUCAAGAGCUUCGUGCUCGCCGGCCUUACGGCUGUCGCUGCCGCCAAGUCGGCCGUCCUCGACCUCAUCCCCGACAACUUCGACAAGGUAGUCCUCAAGUCCGGCAAGCCAACACUCGUCGAGUUCUUUGCCCCGUGGUGCGGCCACUGCAAGAACCUUGCUCCUGUCUACGAAGAGCUCGCCCUCGCAUUCGAGCAUGCCAAAGACAAGGUCCAGAUCGCCAAGGUCGACGCCGAUGCCGAGCGGGAUCUCGGCAAGCGGUUCGGCGUGCAGGGCUUCCCCACGCUGAAGUUCUUCGACGGCAAGAGCGACAAGCCGACCGAGUACAAUGGCGGGCGGGACCUGGAGUCGCUGUCCAGCUUCAUCACGGAGAAGACGGGCAUCCGGCCGAGGAAGAAGGCGGCCAAACCCAGCAACGUGGUAAUGCUUACGGAUUCCACCUUCAAGAACCAGAUUGGCGGUGACAAGAACGUUUUGGUGGCGUUCACUGCUCCAUGGUGCGGACACUGCAAGAGGCUUGCACCUACCUGGGAGUCGCUUGCCGAUACCUUUGCCAGCGAGUCCAAUGUAGUGAUUGCCAAAGUCGACGCCGACGCCGAGACGGGUAAGCGCACCGCCGCCGAGUAUGGCGUGAGCGGGUACCCGACCAUCAAGUUCUUCCCUGCGGGCAGCACCACGCCCGAGGACUACAACGGCGCACGCUCCGAGGAAUCUUUCGUCACAUUCUUGAAUGAGAAGACCGGCACUCACCGCGUCGCUGGUGGUGGUCUUGAUGCCACCGCUGGCACGGUUGAGGCGCUUGACACCAUUGUUGCUAAGCUGGUCGGCGGCACCGCGCUGGCUGAGGCGGCUGCCGAGGCGAAGAAGGUUGCUGAAUCCCUCACAGACGAGGUGCAGGCCAAGUAUGCCAAGUACUACUUGCGUGUGUUUGAGAAGCUGAGCAAGAGCGAGGAGUAUGCGGCCAAGGAGCUCGCGCGCCUGGAGGGCAUCAUCAAGAAAGGCGGGCUGGUGCCGACCAAGCUGGACGAGCUGACGAUUAAGACGAAUGUCCUCCGCAAGUUCGUCGAGAAGGCGACCGAUGGCGAGAAGGAGGAGCUGUAAGCUAAGUGACGAAUGGUCUGGUCGGGACCCCGAGUGCCAACAUGUACAGAUAAUGACGGUUCUAACAAAAUACGAUCUUGUGCUUCCAUGGCGUGCAUUCAACUUAGCUCUGCUAUUAUGCCCACGAAAACCGCAUGUGAAACUCCAUAUACUCGCAUUCCUGUUUCCGUGCAGAACAAGUCAGUUGCUCAGGCGUCUAAUUUGGCCCGGAGUUCUUGUCCUUGUUUGCCAUCAACUGCGCCUCCAAGUUGUCGAGACGGCGUGACAUCUCGUCCACUGUUUUCGAUCAGCUUCUUUGUCGGUAGCAUCGGGUUAGCAUGUGGAACCUACUCUUAGCAAAGAUCUCGCUCGACACACUGGCAAACUUGUUGGAAAGUGUGUUCAACAGGUCGUCGACCUGGGCUGUAAGCUCUCCGCGGGCUUCAUCGCUCGUCUAAUGCACGUUGUCAGCGAGUCGCGCUCGAGUUUGUAACUACUUGACGGGUUAC